UGGCUAAUUUUAUAUUUUUAGUAGAGACAGGAUUUCUCCAUGUUGGUCAGGCUGGUCUCGAACUCCCGACCUCAGGUGAUCCACACCAAAGUGCUGGGAUUAUAGGUGUGAGCCACCACGCCCAGACCAUUUCCUCCAUAUUUUUAAGUAAAAUACUUACACCACUAUUUCUUGGCUUAUUUGAAUUCCUAACUUUCCCUCACUUACAUCUCCCUUCCCUUCCUCCCCCCAACAUAUUCUGUCACUGUACUGUAUUCACUUCCUUUAUUGGUUACCUUUGCAAUAUAAAACAGUACACUUGACCUGUAUUUAUUAUUCCAUUAGCCAUUGGCAGCAGCUUGUGACAACCCUGCUACCAUACUAUGAUGUCUGUCUGUCAUCAGUUCUGGUUUCUGAGGUCAAAAUUGAAAACACUCCCAUUCUGUGUAAUAACCAUCAGUCUCAAAGUUAAAGACCAGUGCUUUUUUGGGAGGCUGACGCGGGCAGAUCACUUGAGUUCAGGAGUUUGAGACCAGCCUGGCCAACAUGGUGAAACCCCGUCUCUACUAAAAAUACAAAAAUUAGCUGGGUGUGAUGGUGCAUGCCUGUAAUACCAGCUACUUGGGAGGCCGAGGCAGGAGAAUCACUUGAACCUGGGAGGUGGAGGUUGCAGUGAGCCAAGAUCAUGCCACUGCACUCCAGCCUGGGCGACAGAGCGAGACUUUGUCUCAAAAAAAAAAAGAAAAGCCAGUGCUCAACAUUUGCAUUACUCUGUCAAUGCAAAUAGCAUUCACUGCAGGGCCCACUUAACAUUUCCUUCUCUUUGGGUCUAAUGUCACUCAAAGGAAAGUGUUAAAUGUAUUUUCCUUUCUUAAUAUUCUAUUAUGUGCUCAAAACUCAUCACUUUAUAUUUUAGUUUGCUUGAUAUUUUGACCAUGCCUUUCUUGCCUGUUUUUCUGGAGCUUCUAAUACAUCUUUUUUUUUUCCCAGCUGCAUAGUAUUCAGUUGGAUUGGGGCAUCAUAAUUUAUUUUGACAAGGUCCCCUCUGGUUGGACGGACUCUUUGGUUUUCAGUUUUUUAUUAAUGUGAAGGGUGCCGUAGUAAGUAUCCUUGUACAUACAUCUCUGCAUCAUUUCUUAUGUAAUGUUUGAGGGUCCAGGAAUGCUGCUCGCCCAUCAAACCUGAUCCCCCUGCCCCCAGCCCCUUGCCAUUGCCACCCUUUGCCUUGCUGAUUACCUUCCUUUAAACCAGUCCACCUAAAGGUUGGUGUUAAGAGGCUUCCCGUGGGAGGGGUGGCCCCAGGUAAUAUCCAUCUUCCUCUCCCCAGGCUCUGAAGAGCGGCCAUUCCUCAGAUUCGAAGCUGAAAACAUCUCCAACUACACAGCCCUUCUGCUGAGCAGGGAUGGCACGACCCUGUACGUGGGUGCUCGAGAGGCCCUCUUUGCACUCAAUAGCAACCUCAGCUUCCUGCCAGGCGGGGAGUACCAGGAGCUGCUUUGGGGUGCAGACGCAGAGAAGAAACAGCAGUGCAGCUUCAAGGGCAAGGACCCACAGCGCGACUGUCAAAACUACAUCAAGAUCCUCCUGCCGCUCAGCGGCAGUCACCUGUUCACCUGUGGCACAGCAGCCUUCAGCCCCAUGUGUACCUACAUCAACGUGGAGAACUUCACCCUGGCAAGGGACGAGAAGGGGAAUGUCCUCCUGGAAGAUGGCAAGGGCCGUUGUCCCUUCGACCCGAAUUUCAAGUCCACUGCCCUGGUGGUUGAUGGCGAGCUCUACACUGGAACAGUCAGCAGCUUCCAAGGGAAUGACCCGGCCAUCUCGCGGAGCCAAAGCCUUCGCCCCACCAAGACCGAGAGCUCCCUCAACUGGCUGCAAGACCCAGCUUUUGUGGCCUCAGCCUACAUUCCUGAGAGCCUGGGCAGCUUGCAAGGCGAUGAUGACAAGAUCUACUUUUUCUUCAGCGAGACUGGCCAGGAAUUUGAGUUCUUUGAGAACACCAUUGUGUCCCGCAUUGCCCGCAUCUGCAAGGCACAGAGGAACUACAGAAGGCUCUGCCGUCUGUGUCUUCACCAUGAAGGAUGUGCAGAGAGUCUUCAGCGGCCUCUACAAGGAGGUGAACCGUGAGACGCAGCAGUGGUACACCGUGACCCACCCGGUGCCCACACCCCGGCCUGGAGCGUGCAUCACCAACAGUGCCCGGGAAAGGAAGAUCAACUCAUCCCUGCAGCUCCCAGACCGCGUGCUGAACUUCCUCAAGGACCACUUCCUGAUGGACGGGCAGGUUCGAAGCCGCAUGCUGCUGCUGCAGCCCCAGGCUCGCUACCAGCGCGUGGCUGUACACCGCGUCCCUGGCCUGCACCACACCUACGAUGUCCUCUUCCUGGGCACUGGUGACGGCCGGCUCCACAAGGCGGUGAGCGUGGGCCCCCGGGUGCACAUCAUUGAGGAGCUGCAGAUCUUCUCAUCGGGACAGCCCGUGCAGAAUCUGCUCCUGGACACCCACAGGGGGCUGCUGUAUGCGGCCUCACACUCGGGUGUAGUCCAGGUGCCCAUGGCCAACUGCAGCCUGUACCGGAGCUGUGGGGACUGCCUCCUCGCCCGGGACCCCUACUGUGCUUGGAGUGGCUCCAGCUGCAAGCACGUCAGCCUCUACCAGCCUCAGCUGGCCGCCAGGCCGUGGAUCCAGGACAUUGAGGGAGCCAGUGCCAAGGACCUUUGCAGCGUGUCUUCGGUUGUGUCCCCGUCUUUUGUACCAACAGGGGAGAAGCCAUGUGAGCAAGUCCAGUUCCAGCCCAACACAGUGAACACUUUGGCCUGCCCGCUCCUCUCCAACCUGGCGACCCGACUCUGGCUACGCAACGGGGCCCCCGUCAAUGCCUCGGCCUCCUGCCACGUGCUACCCACUGGGGACCUGCUGCUGGUGGGCACCCAACAGCUGGGGGAGUUCCAGUGCUGGUCACUAGAGGAGGGCUUCCAGCAACUGGUAGCCAGCUACUGCCCAGAGGUGGUAGAGGACGGGGUGGCAGACCAAACAGAUGAGGGUGGCAGUGUACCCGUCAUUAUCAGCACAUCACGUGUGAGUGCACCAGCUGGUGGCAAGGCCAGCUGGGGUGCAGACAGGUCCUACUGGAAGGAGUUCCUGGUGAUGUGCACGCUCUUUGUGCUGGCCGUGCUGUUCCCAGUUUUAUUCUUGCUCUACCGGCACCGGAACAGCAUGAAAGUCUUUCUGAAGCAGGGGGAAUGUGCCAGCGUGCACCCCAAGACCUGCCCUGUGGUGCUGCCCCCCGAGACCCGCCCACUCAACGGCCUAGGCCCCCCUAGCACCCCACUCGAUCACCGAGGGUACCAGGCCCUGUCAGACAGCCCCCCGGGGGCCCGAGUCUUCACUGAGUCAGAGAAGAGGCCACUCAGCAUCCAAGACAGCUUCGUGGAGGUAUCCCCAGUGUGCCCCCGGCCCCGGGUACGCCUUGGCUCGGAGAUCCGUGACUCUGUGGUGUGAGAGCUGACUUCCAGAGGACGCUGCCCUGGCUUCAGGGGCUGUGAAUGCUCGGAGAGGGUCAACUGGACCUCCCCUCCGCUCUGCUCUUCGUGGAACACGACCGUGGUGCCCAGCCCUUGGGAGCCUUGGAGCCAGCUGGCCUGCUGCUCUCCAGCCAAGUAGCGAGGCUCCUACCACCCAGACACCCAAACAGCCAUGGCCCCAGAGGUCCUGGCCAAAUAUGGGGGCCUGCCUAGGUUGGUGGAACAGUGCUCCUUAUGUAAACUGAGCCCUUUGUUUAAAAAACAAUUCAAAAUGUGAAACUAGAGUGAGAGGGAAGAGAUAGCAUGGAAUGCAGCACACACGGCUGCUCCAGUUCAUGGCCUCCCAGGGGUGCUGGGGAUGCAUCCAAAGUGGUUGUUUGAGACAGAGUUGGAAACCCUCACCAACUGGCCUCUUCACCUUCCACCUUAUCCUGCUGCCACCGGCUGCCCUGUCUCACUGCAGAUUCAGGACCAGCUUGGGCUCCGUGCGUUCUGCCUUGCCAGCCAGCCGAGGAUGUAGUUGUUGCUGCCAUCAUCCCACCACCUCAGGGACCAGAGGGCUAGGUUGGCACUGCGGCCCUCACCAGGUCCUGGGCUCGGACCCAACUCCUGGACCUUUCCAGCCUGUAUCAGGCUGUGGCCACACGAGAGGACAGCGUGAGCUCAGGAGAGAUUUAGUGACAAUGUACGCCUUUCCCUCAGAAUUCAAGGAAGAGACUUGCCUGCCUUCCUCCAUUGUUGCGUGAGAACCCGUGUGUCCCUUCCCACCAUAUCCACCCUCGCUCCAUCUUUGAACUCAAACACGAGGAACUAACUGUACCCUGGUCCUCUCCCCCGUGCCCAAUUCACCCUCCAUCCCUCACCUUCCUCCACUCUAAGGGAUAUCAACACUGCCCAGCACAGAGGCCCUGAAUUUAUGUGGUUUUUAUAUAUUUUUUAAUAAGAUGCACUUUACGUCAUUUUUUAAUAAAGUCUGAAGAAUUAUUGUUUAA